UUCAAGACAGUAAUAAAUUGUUUAUUUCCUCGUUAAAUAUUCAUAUUUACGCGAAAAAAUGUAAAUGUGUGGGAAUUUUUUGUAAACAAAACCUGAAUAUAAAGUAGGAUUUGUACAAUAACUUUCAUUGGCAUAGUGCAUCGUAUGCGUUUGAAUUUGAAACUCCCAGCCUUGAAGGUAAAUUCCGUUAAUGGCUGGCAGAGGGUUAACACUUACAUACAUGCAUGUAUGUAUGUACAUGCACUCCUCCCGCAUCGGUGAUAAAGUAUCGAAAUUUACGUCAAAGUAAUUAAAUAAAAUUGAACGCAAGUCGAAAUCGGUUUAAACUUUUUGCCCAGUUAAAAUCCUGUUCGACGAUUCGGCAACGAGGCCAUGGACAGAGUCAGUUCCAGUUUAAUACCAGUUUCAGGUCCAGAUCCCAUCCUGACCACGCCGCAGAAAGAAGCCGCAGACACAGCCGCAUGCUGUCGGGAUGUGAGAUACGAGCAUCAGCUCCUCACUGACCAAACUACCGACAACAAAACCCCCCCCCCCCCCAUUGAAUCGCCCUUGCACGCUCAUGUAAAUUAGCUGCGUUGUCAAAUAAUUCUGAUUUGUUGUUGCUACACUGGCAUGCUAAUAAAAGCGGAAUGCCCAAGCCCAGCGCCCCCAACCAUCAGUACCCAAUCCCCAGUCCCCUGUCAAUAUAUCAGCCCGACGAGCGUUCGUCACUUGACAGUGCCCACUCUGUCGCACUCUAACUGGGCGUGGGCAGCGUUUUGUUUAAAAAUCAAAUCAAAUAUUACGAGAAAAUUUCAAUGCGGUCUGAAUGCAUAGGAAAUUUUAUGCUCGCCGCACCGCAAAAACGCAAAUGUUGACUCCGCCGGACAGCAGCUGGAAUCCGUCGAGAUGGAGCUGCACAGAUAGAGAUACUCGUUCAGAUACGGAUACGGAUACUGGUCACGUGAAUGCAUUCAAUGGGUCAAUUCCCGGAAUCGCUUUAAGUGCGAUUUAAAUGGGGAUUUGAGUGAAUAUAUUUGAUAGCUAUCAAAUGGUCUGAACAAACAGUUAUAUUAUACAACACAUUUGCGUACAACCCCAUGUUUAGUAACAGGAAAUAUAUAUUUCUACAGAGAAAUACAGAGAUUAUGCCCAUACAAAUUUUAAUGGCAAUAUGGUUUUAAAAAUAUGUUGAACAAAUUCCUAAAUACAAAAUCUGAUUAUAAUAUUAUGAUGAUCCCCCGAAAGCAACAAAUGUUAUGGCACUCUUUUAUACACAUAUGUAUGUGGCACAUAUACUGAUAAGAGUUGAUUUCUCAGUUGACGUUUCAUUUGAGUUUUGCCACUUGCGAAAUGCAGACAUUAUUUGCGUGGCUUUUAAUGCUAACCGUGCUCCAAAGCCAUGUGAAUUCGAAGUUUUUGGACGAUUACUGUGGGGCUCCGAUAUCAAACCAAUCUAUUACGAAACUUCGACAACCACAGGCUGGCUGGUUGGCACACAUAAGUAAUGGCACCCAUGUUCUUUGUAGUGGCUCACUGAUUAGCAAACAGUUCGUCUUAUCUGCUGCCCAAUGCAUUGAUGUUCACGGAAAACUGUUUGUGCAACUUGGAGUAAGCAAUGCAACCAAAUCGCCACAUUGGUAUACGGUCAGUAACGUAGUGAUUCCCUCACACUCCGGAAAACGUCUCCAACGUGAUAUAGGGCUGCUUAAGCUCUCACAAAGCGUCGAUUACAAUGACUUUGUAUACCCCAUCUGCAUUGCUUUAAAUACGAAUACUUUGGAUAUGGUAAAGAUAUUGCAAAAUUUCACAACUUCUGCCUGGCUUUCAAAAAACAAAAAUCCUCAAACCAUCGUUCUUAGCCAAUUGAGUCGCGAUCGUUGCAAAUUGAACUUGAGCGGAAAUGUUACUCCUAAAGAAAUUUGUGCUGCUUCGCUGCAAAGAAAUAACUCCUGCUUCAUCGAUUCUGGAAGUGCCUUGACUCAACCCAUAAUUCAAGGUUCAAAUAUAGUCAGAGAAAUGCUGUUCGGCAUCCGAGGCUAUGUCAAUGGAAGAAGUUGGUGUUCUGAGCCGGCAAUAUAUAUCGAUGUAGCAGAAUGUGUCGGCUGGAUUGAGACAGUGGUGCAGCAAUAUGAUGGCACAGAUAGCCGUGCGGUUGCAACGCCAGAAGUAAACCAACAUCUGAAACACUCACUGUCUCGGAUGGGCAAGAAUAUUUUGCUGUUUAAGAACUGUAGGGGCAAUAGCUUGCAAUCGAAACUACGAGCUCGUAUUUAUGGACCUAAUUACAUAGGCCAGGGCUGGUUUAUCACCCACAGAUUCGUCAUCACUAAUGCCAAGGACUUACCGGAAAGUGCUGAGUCUCUAUACGUUGGUCUGCCGGGAACCCUAAGGUCAUACGACGAAUUCAGUGUUCAAUCGGUCUUUAAGCACCCAGAGUUUUCUGAAGAUUACAAAAAUGACAUAGCAUUGCUCAGAGUUCAUCAAAGGGUGGCCAUGGGCCACUUGAGGCCAAUAUGUAUGCUGUUGAAAGAAAAUCAACAGGAAUUGGCUAAGUCUAGUCCGCCAAUUUCAUUUGACUAUGUGCAAACUGCAAAUCGCAUACAAGUUGUAAGGAAAAUCGAUGCACUUGCAGAUCCCAGAAUAUGCACAAACAGGCUUCUAAAAACUAUAGAACCAAAUCAACUUUGUGUGGUAGUUCCUCCCGAAACGGUUCAGAAAAACGCAACACGUGGCGGCAUUUUGGGUCUAAGGAUGAUGUAUUCGGGAAAGGAGUGGCUCAUCCUGUUCGGCAUCUCCAGUUAUUCGCACAAUGACAUUGAAGUCUUCACAAAUGUUAUGGAACACACACAGUGGAUUGCCAAUGUUGUUAACUCUGAUUUCCGACUGUAACCAGCGCGAUAGUCAAUAAAUGUUCCUGCUUAGCGCCACAAGCGCCU